AUGGAGACGAGGGCUUGUCUCGUAAUUUUCGUUACUGCGAUCGUCGCAGCUAUAUUCCGUCCACCGGUCGGGGCAGCCGAAACAAACGCUCCAUUCGGUGAUGUUUUCACGAAAAGCUGCCCGGAUAAUGAUUUCAAGACUUCUCAAGAUGGCAAAAUCUGGAAUAUCUCCCUCAAUAAACAAGGAGGUUGUGGGUUUAUGACGAAGGAGAGAUACAGAUUCGGGUGGUUUAGCAUGAGAAUAAAAGCGGUCGGAGGUGAUUCAGCAGGAGUGGUGACGACUUAUUUCGUAAGUUAGGUGUAAUUAAAUUUCUUCU